CUAACAACCUCCCAUAGUGCCAAGAAAUGAGUAUAGAAAUACAUAAUCCUCACCUGGUGAACAGCUUGGUAGCAGAUGCAGAGCGCCGAACUCUCAGAGCAUACCCCAGUAACAAAUCAGGUGCUGAGCGCAAGAGAAGCACUGCGCUAGAUCAGGCUAAUAGUCACCCUGUUGCUGUAUCCUCUCAUCAGACUACUGCCGAAACUAAGCUAAAAACAGAAGAAAUAGAGAAAGACUGUUUCAAACAGCUACUGAACAGCGAACGAUUGUACAGAGAGUUGACAAUUACAGAAAAUACGUUCGUUAAGACUUUGGACGAUGAACUUGAAGACAAUAAGCGAAAACACAAGCAGAAGUAUGAUGUUCUAUUCUCUAAAUGGGAGGAUUCUAUCUUCAAAACAGUCAAAGCAGAUGUAAACAGCAAACUAACUGGAAGGCCGUUCAACUCACUGGACACUCAGAAACGAAGGCUAUACAGCAGAUAUCUAUCAGCCUGCAAUACUAAGGGCACUGUUUUUCUGGAUGUUAUCUGCAAGGAUGAAUACGAUCCUCUUCGUCUAGCUAAGAGAAACAUCUCUACAACGGUGCCUUCCACCAGAGAUCCUACUAAAUUGGUUCAGAACGAGGAUGUAACGAGUGCAAGUAUAGAGAAGGAUUGCGGAGUAAAGUCAACCAGCACUCGGAGUUCUACAGCUGGCUCAGACACUCGUGGUUCGUGUAACGAGUGGAUCAGACUGCCAAUAAGAGAUGUGGACAGCAGUGUCAGGCAGCGAACCAGACAGCGCAUGAUGAACAAGAGCAUGUGUAGUCGACCCGCUCAGAACGAACUCAAUCUACCUAAGAGGAAACAUGCUGUACCCAGCUAUAACCUCCACCGUCCUAUUUCCCAGAUGUUCUUCUGAGGAGUCAUAGAGAAUGAUGGUGUUCAUAGGGUUUCGGAACUUAGAGAAUGUUAGUGUUAGGGUUUACGAAUUUGGAGAAUGUUAGUGUUAGGGUUUACGAAUUUGGAGAAUGUUAGUGUUAGGGUUUACAAAUUUGGAGAAUGUUGGUGUUAGGGUUUACGAAUUUGGAGAAUGUUGGUGUUAGGGUUUUAGAACUUAGAUAAAAGAGAUACUAAUGGUUAAUGGUUAUAUUAAAAUCCUUUUUGUCUGAUAUUUUAUGUGUUCUUAUUAAAUUUUUAUUGUAUGUUUUCUUUUUGAAUAGAUGUGAAAUAUUGCGGUUAAAUUCACGGAAAGGGUUGCCAUAUUAUAAAAGUAAAUGCUACUGAAAAAUUAUUAUAUGCGCAGUUUGAUUAAAGAUUUAAUUGAAUUCUUAGUAAUAUAUUCUAUCAAAUGAUUGUAUUGUUUCUGGCAAACUUGUUUUGGUAAAGAUGUAAUUUUAUUAAUCUUUUUAGAUUGGAUUUUAUUGAUUGUACAUAUAGAUGUUACUAAAUUUAUGAUGUUUAGAGGUUAUCUGUUUUAAUCUUGA